AAAAGAGGGUGACCUCUUCAAAUAUUCUUCUCAACUCAUUUGUUUAUGCUCUUCUUAUACCUUGCCUCAUAAAAAUAGUAUUCAACCCCCUCUCCUAUCAAGCAAUUUUUAUUUUUAUAAGAAGAAAAAAUAAUCAUGGUUUUAAAACUUAUUGGUUUCUCAAAACAUGUCAUAUCUUUAUUUAUUAAAAUCAUUAUACUACUAAUCUUUAGCUUUAUUCUAAACAGAGCUGACUCAGGCUGUAACAAUUCUGAUACAACUUCUUUAGUUCCAAUUCCACCCUAUGAAAUCCUCUUAUCACUGCAAUCACAAUCCCUUGAUGGCCACUUGAGCUUAAAGGACAAUGAAGGUGCUGCCAAGGACUUUGGCAACAUACACCAUUUUCCUCCUCUAGCAGUGUUGCAUCCGAAAACUGUUUCGGAUAUUUCACGAACCGUGAAGUAUAUUUUUGAAAAAGGGACUGAUUCAGAGGUGAAGAUUGCUGCUAGAGGUCAUGGACAUUCACUUCAAGGUCAGGCACAAGCACAUCAAGGACUAGUCAUUAGCAUGGAGUCGCUUCGCAGUCCUGAAAUGAAGAUUCAAACCGGUGAAUUUCCUUUUGUCGAUGUCUCAGCUGGUGAGUUGUGGAUAAACAUUCUGCAUGAGACACUUCAAUAUGGAUUGGCACCAAAAUCUUGGACAGAUUAUCUUCACCUCACUGUUGGAGGCACUCUUUCAAAUGCUGGAGUAAGUGGACAAGCUUUUAGGCAUGGACCUCAGAUCAAUAACAUCUUCCAGUUGGAAGUUGUCACAGGAAAAGGAGAGGUGAUUACCUGUUCAGAAAACCGAAAUGCUGACCUUUUUCACGGUGUUCUUGGAGGGCUUGGUCAAUUUGGCAUCAUCACCAGAGCUAGAAUUUCUCUUGAACCAGCACCAAAGAUGGUGAAAUGGAUUAGAGUGCUGUAUUCAGAUUUCUCUGCAUUUACAAGGGAUCAAGAAAAUUUGAUAUCACUUAAGGACAACACAUUUGAUUAUGUUGAAGGAUUUGUAAUCAUAAAUAGAACCGGCAUCCUUAAUGGUUGGAGAUUAUCUUUUGACCCCAAAGAUCCACUUCAAGCCAGCCAAUUCCAUUCAGAUGGGAAGACUUUCUACUGUCUUGAGAUGGCAAAAUACUUCAACCCCGAUGAAGCUGAAGUCAUGAAUCAGGGUGUGGAUCACCUACUGUCACAGUUGAGUUAUAUUCCAGCCACACUGUUCCUAUCAGAAGUUUCUUACGUGGAAUUUUUAGAUAGAGUGCAUGUUUCUGAGAUGAAGCUAAGAGCACAAGGCUUAGGGGAUGUUCACCAUCCUUGGCUGAACCUUCUGAUCCCAAGAAGUGAGAUUCAUAACUUUGCUGAAGAAGUAUUUGGCAAUAUUCUUAAGGACACAAGUAAUGGUCCCGUACUCAUUUACCCUGUCAAUCAAACAAGGUGGAACAGUAAAACAUCUUUUGUCACACCAGAGGAAGAUGUUUUCUACCUAGUGGCAUUCCUAACAUCAGCAAUCCCAUUUUCAACUGGUGAAAACAGUUUAGAAUACAUUCUAAACCAAAACAAAAGGAUCCUAGAUUUCUGCACCAAUGCCCAACUACAUGUGAAGCAAUAUCUUGCUCAUUACAGCACACAGGAAGAAUGGCAAACUCACUUUGGGUCAAAAUGGGGGGCAUUUGAGGAAAGAAAAAGAGCCUAUGACCCACUAGCACUACUUGCCCCUGGCCAUAGAAUCUUUCAAAAGGCAAUGUCCACCUCUAUUUAGUUUUAGAAUUUUUAGAAUGUAAUGUUGUAAAAUAUUGAUUAUUGACCUUGUAUGUUUUCCAUGCUCUCAAUAAUUGUAAAUUUGUAAACAUGACCAUUGAAUUGUCACUUCAAAAAGAAAUUGAUGUUUGCUUUUUAGGUCAUAACUACAAGAUUGACUAAGAAAAAGACCAGUAAUCACUGAUUAGUUAGUGGGACUAUGAGCAUUUGGAAAAGGGGGGGUCCUUUAGGUAGUUUGCAGCAAAUUUGAGUUUACAUCUUUGCACCACCUUUGUAAA